AGGACCCCAAUAUCGUCACUUGUUCCUGUUGAACCUCGAUUGCGAUCCUCGGACCAUUGAAAACUUUUCGGCAGUUUUACUGAGAAGAAUUUGAGUCUGUCUUUUCCUUGCAUGUUGAUGUUGGCGGCUCGGUUUCGGUUAUAUUUUUCAAUCGAAUCAGUCUCACCCCCACCUCCUAUAAUUGUUGACUUAUCUCCAACUGUCGCUGAUCAACUUCGCCAGUGUGUCUGCGUCGAUGCCAGACACAACUACUUGUUGUAUGCAGGUUGAAACAUUAAAGACUAAAGCUAAACCCUAAACGCUAAAGGCAAAGAUAUAAAGAAAGCGAAAAAAAAUCUCUUGUGCACUGCUCGUGUAGUUUGUAGACUUCUAUCUUAGCUCCUCCAGAAGAUGGUAUACAAAGCCUCCUCAGCCUCGUCCUCGCAACACCCGCGAGACGAAGAAAAAGAUCGGGCGAAGGAGGACCAGCGCACGCACCUGGCGCGGCGAAUUAGUAUAUCCAACUCUAGUGAUGCAGCAAGAUUAACGACCUCGUCCGCGACCGCGACCGCGUGCGAUGGAUCUGUUAACGCUGUGGGUCGUGAAGAGCUGCAACAGGAGACGAAAAGAAAUAUGCCGGUGCAAGGACGAAGGUCCUCGUUUUUUCGAAAUUCAGUUGCAGGGGAAGAACUAGUUGCGCGGUCCUGUUGCUCUUCUACUAGGAGCGCACCUGCACCUCCUCAGCCGGAUGGCGAGCAGUAUCACUGCAACCCAGAAGGAGAGACAACUCGCUCCUGCGGUAGCCUGAGCAGCUGCACCAGCGUUAGUUCCACCGCUUUUUGGUCUACCUCCAGAAGCAGCAGCAGGGUCAUCGUCAUUCGAGGUGGCGAAGAUCAAAAUAAGAGCGUAACAGAAAGAACAACAAGAAGGGAGAUCACCUGCAAGAAUGUUUUUACCCCAGGAGCACCGGUGCCUUCUUGUAGUACGGGAACACCGUCAACUUCCUCUCAUGUGGUGGAAAAAAAGAAAGGAACAAAGUUGAUGAGGAACGCGAACGAAAACGAUCGAGAUUUUCAUUUUUCCCGUGGCAGCAAGCGAGUAGAAGUAGAAGCCGUCUGCUCAUCUUCAUCCCCUGCUAAUAAUACUUCCCGCAGGACGAGCAGCUGCGCCACUAGUAGUGGUUCGCAGAACAGUUGUGCGUCUAGUACCUUCCCGUCUGCCAAUCGAAAACUCGUCGUAGAUGAACAAGACGAGUGGAGGACAUCCAGAACGCAGCACGUGGACACCAGGGGUACUGUUCAACAAUUCUCUAGAAGGUUAGAGUCCUUGUCACCACGUGCGCUGGGGAAGGCAACUGGAGGAAACCCACAGGAGCUGCGAAGAUAUCCGACCUACCACGCCGAGGACUUUUGCAGUCUGCACAGUGGCUCGCGUCCGCGUCGCAGACGCAACAGGAAAAAUCUUCCCGUCGAGCGUUCUCCUACGGCGAAGAUACCGACGACACCCGCCGGGAAACCAACAAGUACAACCAGGCCGACCGUCCACCUCUCUUCCUGGCUGCAAAAUUGGAAGCCUGUUUGGCUGAUUCUGGCCCUGCUUUCCACCCGGGACAGACAGAAGUCCACUUUCUUCAGCGACGAGGACUCCUUGUUUCUUGCAGAGAACAAUAUGCCGCUGUUGGCAGGAUCAACUUCAUCUAAUACCACAGCUGUGGAUGAUGCAUCUUCAUCCAGCCGCGAGGAUGAAGGUUAUUUCCGAAUAUCAAGAAACCUCCUCCAGCUGGACGAUCGGCGCACAGUGCAGCAAGAAGAGUUCUUGCCGCAAGAAGGCAAAAAAUCGCAUCAACCCCUGCAGGAACCAAAAUCAACAUCAAGUCACCAACAAGCUCCCUAUCAAAUGUAAAAAUGUCUGGGUCUGGAAACUUGUGAUGCUGGGUGGCGUCUCAUGAUGAGGCUGCAAAUGCUGGCUCAGCAUGACAGGUUUCUGAGCUCCUAGGUGUUGCCUAUUCUGCAUGACAAACUGCGCUUCUGCAUCACAGAAAAGCGGAGCUCUUGGGUAACGUGCAUGACAGAUUUAAGAGCCAUGCCAGACAAGCAUGACAAACAUGAAUUCUUCCAGACCCAGACAUUUUUACAGUUGAUACUCCCCUUGUUAUUUCUAUUUUCCUAGACUACGCGGACCUGUUCCUGACCAUCCCGAAUGGCGGCGCGCUCGCGCAGAACACGACAACCACUACCACGACCACGACGACCGAGAUACCCGCGACCACGACAACCACGACCACCACGACCAUCAUUGUGACCCUAGCCGCGCCCUGGAAGCCGCCAGUGGACUUCUGGGGAGGAGCUUACGCUACGAGUAUUUCUUAUGGAUGUGUCAGAGUUGAAGUCGACAAAGUUGAAAUAAUUUGGUUGACAAACCAAAAUCUCAACCACGCCAAUUUGUCUCAACGUUGAGACAAAACGCCCCAACGUUGACACCGACGCCUCAACUUCGGCACCGUUUAGGUUAGGGAUUAGGGUCUAGGGUUUGGGGUUCUGGUCGUCGGCCAGGGCAGCCGCCGCCGGCCGGCCGGCCGGCGGCGGCUGCCCUGGCCGACGACUCUCUCCUUUCCUUGUGCUGUGUUCCACACCCGCGCCCCUGCCCGUGUGUGUUGCCGCGUCCUUGCCCUCCUUGUGUCUCAUCGACCCCGCCUCGCGUCAAUGGCGGCGGGCGUACCUCUCCGCCGCUGCCGACGAGCGUUGUUUGGGGCCGCCGGGCAAUCGUUGAGACGAUUGCCCGUCGGCCUCAUGAACGUUGAGACAAGAACGUUGAGAUUCUGGUCUGUUAACCAAAUAAUUUGCCAUGCAUAAAAUGGAUGCCAGUUGGAACCCAGUUUGUAAGUGGCGCAUGACAAAUUUUGGUGGUCCCUAAAUCCAGUUUGUCAUGCUAUUUAGGCAAAGAAGAGCGAUUGGAGCUCGAGCUGUAACCCCAAACAGGCUUACAAUCGGCCUCACUUGCCUGCUCUGCAACACACGGACCUCGGGCCAUGCAUUUUAUGCAUUACAGAUUAUUUCAACUUUGACGAUUUCAAACCUGACGCUUCCAUAUCUCUUUGGGCGAUCAGCUGCGUUGUUGAUCUUGAUGCAACAUGUAGUUGAUCUUCAGAAUUAGUUAUAAAAAAAGGAGCUCAACGAUCUAUCACUCCAUGCUUUUGCAGGUCGUGUGUUGUUCUUCAUAACAAGAACACAUGUAUAAUUCAUUUUUUUUUUUUCGAUUCCAGGCACCAGGAAAGUUCAUAUGUAUCUGAUGACUUUAUUCACCAAGCAACCUAACACUACACACGACAGCCACCGCCGACCCGAAUGCGGCAAGCAGUAGUAACCAAGCCGCCGCCACGACCACCACCACGACCACCACGGUUAAAGAGGGCGGCUACACGGCCUCGGACUUUGUCACGCUGCAGCCCGCGGCCCCACUCCCCGAUAAACCCGCGGACUUGAACGGAGGGAGCUCGCAAGUGAGCAACACCCCGGCCCCGAAGGCGGGCGGCCCGGUGCAGGUCGCCGUGGCUUAUCAAAUGCAAAAAUGUCUGGGUCUGGAAGAAUGCAAGCUUUGUCAUGCAUAUUUCUCAUGAUCCAUGAUGCCUGUAACGCAUGACCUAGCAUCACAGACUUGUAGAGGGCUUCCUGAUGCACCUUCCGCAUGAGAAAUGCACUGUCCGUGUAGGACAAACUGUACCCCUCUUGCUGGUCAUGCAAUACAAAUUUUUUUAGAGUCCAAAAACAGCAUGACAAGUUGCAAACUUCCAGACCCAGACACUUUUACAAUCUAUAUGGCUGCGAACGAGACCACCAGCACCGACGCCGACACGGCCUUCAUGCGGCAAAAUUUCGGGUGCGACGUCACCUUGCGCAUCCCGGCGUCCACGCCAGCAGCGACUACCAUCGCAAUUUUCAUGCAGGAUGCACAGGUAACAAGUGCUACAUCUAGUAUUUUCUCAAAGUUGUAGAUUGUUAGUAGCUGUAGUUGCAGCAGCUGGGCACACAGGCACUACAGUGCUGGUGGCUAAAUUGUUAAUACAUAGAUACUAAACCUUGACCUCUACGUCCUCCAUUCUAGUUUACGGGCAUGAAAAGAUACCAAAAUGAAAAAUAUCUACAGCUGGUCAGUGCCUACGAGCAGGGGGCGUGUGCGGCGCUGCGGUCGAACCCCGGGCAAAUCUCGCUCGAUUGCAACCACGUGAAGUUGUCCAGCAUGAGUGUGCUGUCGACGCAAAGUGACGUCGUCAACAACAUCGUCGAGGUUCGCAGAACUACGGCCGACGUGAAGCAGGCACGAAACCCGAAUUUGUUGUGGUCUCUGCACGAAAUUGCGAAUCAAAACUACGGACAACAACAAGCAAAAGGAAACGCAAAAAAUCACCAUGGAGAUCCGAAAGAACAAGAACAAGAACAAGGGAAUCAGGAGCAACACACGCCCAGAGUCCUGCGCGAAAUCAUCCGGCGGCCGGAGCUUGAGAAGGCGGCGGAAGACCAGAAAAGUGCGAAAAACUCCGUUGUUCCGGCAGGUAGACGAAAGCUGGCAACUCACGACAGCGCCAAAGUGUACAAGCGGCCGAAAUUCCUCACCUACUCGCAGCCGCAGCGAAAAAAGCCCUGGUGGCAGAAGCUUUUCGCGCGGAGACUGACCAGCACAACGUCCUCAACACCAGUGAUGCGACAAACGGCCUUGGUUCGCUUCGACUACAGUGUGCAGGUGCAGUCGACGGAAGCAGCAAAGUACUUACUUACGAUGAUGACGCAUUACAUCCACCCUUUAGUUUUACUAGAAUCUUCUGUAUUUUUUGGGAUUCGAAUUCGUCAUGGUCAUGCGGACAUCGACAUGAGAUUUCCGGAAUGUGAUGCUGGUAUGCGCAGCCUCUCGCGCAGCAUUCAUCCAUACAAAAAUGUACUUUUUUUUGCACAUCGGUGAAAUGAUAAACUUUCUCGAUCUAUCAGUUCUCUCGUGGCGGACAUCCAGCGGACGCAGGCGAGCACAUUUGUCGCGAAGUUGAACCUGGCGCUGACGGAAGCGGAGAUGAAUGGGCUGCUUUCGGACCAGACCACCAGCAUGUUCCCCGUGAUUACCAGCCUGGAAACCGAGUGGGGCGAGCUCGAGCAAUUGAACAUCACGUACCCCGGACCGCCAAGGAUCAAGAUCGUCAUGAGCGACGCAACUUCGGUUUUCCAGAACAGUGGCUACUUCCUCACCGUUUUCCUGGGUCUUGUCCUGCAGUUGCUUUAUUUGGGGGUCGUGGGAGAGGUGAAUCAGGUCUGAUAUUGUCGGAAUUCGCAAUUUAAAUAAAUGGGAUCGCCGGGGUUUUCAUUUUCAAACUAGGAAGCGAAUCCAGAACCUCAUUGAUUCUCAGUUGUUUAAUGAACGCACACGUAGCUUUAGCAGUAUCUUCUCUGGGUAUGGCCCGGAGCAAAAAUCAUCCAUACUUACCAGAGACGGAAGCGAUGAUACGAAUAUUUUUCGUUGGGUACAACCCCAUCGCUCUAUGUUGAGAAAACACUAUCGAAACGAAAACUGUACAUUUAGUCACAGCAACAUGUGAAGAGUUGCAAAACUGCCACAGCCAUACCACCUCCAUAAUGAAUAAAAUCCGUACAAUACUGCCUUGGACUACGACUACUGAAAGUCAUAGAGCCUGCUCAAUGACUACAACUCAAGAAAAGCAAAUCAAAACCACUCAUCUACCCUUCUAUUAGCGACGGAAAAAAUUAUGACAAAACCAGAAACGAAGUGAAGCACGUCUACCCAUCAAACAACUAGUCUGCUAUCCUGAACAUGACGACACCUCCCACCCUUUUCAUCGUAAAAUACAGUGUACACCUUUGAUUGAGCUCCUACUUUAUUGUCACAUGAAUAAAGAGAAAAUGAAUCUUGAUGUAGCUGAU